CUGAUUUUGAUGUAAUGCUAAAAAUGUGUCAAAAUAUUUCAACAAAAGUAAGUUAAGUGAUAACCAAACUUUAUUAACGUUCUACGAGAAUAAUAAUAUAACUGAACUUUUAUUUGCGAUAUCAGCUAAACAACAGCAACAAACAUAGGAACAUAAAAUGUGUUUAAUUUGUUAAUAUAGAAAGUUUGUCAAUGAACGUUCGAUUACAGGUUUGUAUAAAAUUAUGGAAAAAUGAUAGUUUUGAACUUGAAUUGAAUAAAAUACAUGCCAAAAAAAUCCAUCGAACAUCUGGUUGAACUUUUAUUAGAAUUAUAAUUUCAAAUUCUUUUUCUUUAGACCUAGUAGAUAGCAAAAGUGUAUCAUAAUGUUCAUAAAUCUGUUUUCAAAGGUGUGAGUUUAUCCCAAUCUGUCUGGAAGUUUUUAAAUGCCAAAGCGAACUUUUAACAUAGAUUGUAUCUUCUGAAAUGAUUUUUAAAUUGUUUUCCUUGUUCUUCAUACUUAUAUUGAUUACUGAACUUUUUCAUUUUCUUUGAAAUAUUUUCUCUAUCUUGGUAUUUUGUUUCCAAAAGUUAAAAGUGUUUGGUGUUUCUUAUUUGAUUUAUUUUGUCUGUCAAGACAUAUAUGUGGAAACCAGCUGACAACUUUACCAGGGCAAAUAUCGAGUCUGCUGAAGAACAACAGAACGUUCCAUAUGUAAGAUUUCCCUUUUUAUUAUAAUAUAACCGUCGUUCUAAAUUUCAUUGUGGCCUUAAUUUGUCUGAUGUAAUCUUGGAAUUAAAUAUAUUGUGCUUUAUUGUGUUUUAUUUGGUUUAACUCCCAAUACACAUUUGAUCUAACAAUGGCACUUAUCCAUAAGUCUGUCUGGAAAAUGCCUAUGUACACGUUAUUAAAGUAUCCAAAUUUUGUCUGGUAUCUACCUUCUUUUUGCGUUUGCCCUCUUUAUUGUAUAAAACAUCAUUUUAGAAUGUCAACAGUUUCUGUUGAUUUCUGAUUUUUUUACUUUCAACUUUUUAAUCAGAAAAUACAUAAAAGCCAACCAUUAUUGGCCAUUAUUGAAAUAAAUCAACAUGAUAAUGUAACCAAUUCAAUAAAAUAAUUAUUAUUAAAUAACAUAAAAUUGGUAAUGGAAUACGAACACUGAAGAGGAAUAUCAAUAGUUCUUUUUCUGAUUAAACAAAAAAUUAUAAUUCUAAAUUUAUCAAAAUGUAAUGCAAAAUGUUUCUAAACGCUACAAUAUAAAGCUUUUUGCAUUUUCAUCAAUAUAGGCAUUUUCAACAACACAAAUAGUGAUUUAUAUAUUGAAUUUAAAUAACUUGACAUAAUUGAGCUAUAUUCGACAAUCUUGGCAGUGAUAUGUUUAAUAUAUUGAAUACAUUUAUAUUGUUUCAUAUAGGUGGUUAGGGGGUAAUCCAUGGCAUUGCGAUUGUGAUCUUAUUUGGUUAAUAUCAUUCAGUCAGAAGGGAUCGUUUUCAGAAAAUCUGAAUUGCACAACACCAGAAAAUAUUGGCAUGAAUGAAUUUAACGUGAAUGACAUUGAAUGUGUUCAGGAUAAAGUUAAGAUAGAAGGCAUUAUUUGGUAUAGAUUUUGUAGCUAUAAUUUUGCCAGCUUUACUGGUUCUGUUUGGAUUCAUCAUCGGUGUUUUACUGUACUUCUGCAAGAACAGAACUAAAAAAACUGAAGAAACCAAUACAAAUGAUAUUGAAUGGUCAGUAUUACAGACCAAGAUCUGUUGCAGACACUGCCGAAGUUAGCAUUUCUUCGAGUACUUUACAAAAUAUUAUUGGACCAAAUGACAAUGAGAUCAAGUUAUGUGGAAAACUUCGUCUCGGUAAACUUAUCGGUAGAGGGGCUUUUGGUAAUGUAUUUGAUGGAUUUGUAGCGGAUGCUGACUCUAAAUGGAAGAAAGUUGCUGUAAAAAAGAUAAGAGAAAAUGCAAAGACAGAAGACACAGAAACGUUUUCAACAGAAUAUAGAACUUUAAGUAGCAUAGGAAAACAUCCAAAUAUUAUACAGGUUUUUGGAACAGGAGAAAUAGAUGGAUCUUUGAUAAUGGUUUUAGAGUUUGCAGACAACGGCGACUUACUCGCUCAUCUUAAAUGGUUAGAUCAGAUAAAUUCUAAAGUUAUACAGAACCUCGACUCUUCUGAGUGGAAGGCAUAUUUACAGAACACACAGCCCCGUUUGUUUCUUUAUAUGUGGAACAUAGCAAAGGGUAUGGAGUUUCUUUCGAGAUUAAAGAUUGUUCAUCGAGACCUUGCCGGAAGAAAUAUUCUUCUAUCAUCUGAUUAUGUAGCGAAGAUAUCAGACUUUGGUUUGUCACGAGAUGUUUAUGAGAAUGGUUACUAUUAUCAAAAUUCAAACGGAAGAAUGCCGUAUAAAUGGAUGAGUCCCGAAUCGUUAUCCAGCGGUAGAUACACCUGUAAAAGUGAUAUUUGGUCGUUUGGUAUUUUAUUAUGGGAAAUUGUUACUCUAGGAGCCGGUCCUUACCCUGGAAUACCACCGGAUUUGCUACUUGAUAUGUACAGGAAUAACUACAUCAUGCCCCCACCACCACUUUGCCCUGAUUAUAUAUACAGUAUAAUGGAACAAUGUUGGAGCUUUCUGCCGGAGAAUAGACCAGGAUUUGAAACCUUACUGGAAACAUUUGAUAAAUUGAUUCAAACAGUUGCACAGAAGGAGUACAUGGAAAUAAGCAAAGCGGACGAGGAAUAAAAAGACGUGCUUCUAAUACUGUUCUAGUAUAAACCUUAUCCUUCGAGUGAGAGUAUAACAAAUAAAAUAACAUAAGGAAAACCUUGCACAAAGACGAAUUUUAAAAAUCUUCUAGUGUUAUCAAUUGACAAGAGCACAAGUCCAUGAUACAAAAUUUACUGUCACAAGCAAAACAGAUGAAGAGCCUAAUAGCCUUCAAGAAUGACCUGCAAUAACGUGCUAUAGCCAGGUUAUUGUACACGUAUGCUGAGUAUUAGUCUUUAAAGCCAUUAAUUAAGAAUGAUUGAAUUAAAAAUUUAUUCAACGCAGUUUAACCAAGUGUAAAUGAUUUCAUAUUUAAUUCUAACUAUUUCUAUAAUCAAGUAUUGGUCAGUCACCAUUAUUAUUGUCAAUCUGUUGAAAUAUAUAGUUCAACUUGACACCGCAAAAAGUGGUCAUAUUGACACCUAUACAUUGACGAAACGACGACAGCUUAGGUCAAGUUAUAGCCUAAGUAACAGCUGACUUAAAAGACGAUUCAUAAGAAAUUCAAAUGAUUUUUUUUAUUAUUGGCGGCAAUAAUAUUUCUUAUCCGAGUUUUAAAAAUUGAUUUAGAGAGAUAACUAACUUGAUAUUAAAAAGUAGGAAAUAGCGCAAUGGUUAUGAAUAAAUAUAAAAUUAAUGUCAACAUUUUCAUUUGUUUAUCGAACACUGAUUUCAAACUUAAAUAUUAUAAAACCACAGUGAGACUGAACGCGGACGAGGCAUUACAGCGACUUCACAUUACAGUUACAAAUGUCAGCUUUGGUGAGUGUGCAAAAAAAUCAAAGGAAUUGAAACUUAACCGAUUCGGUUUAAUAGAUAAGUUUGUUUGUUGAGUUAUUGAAGUGUUGCGUCUCUAAAUUAAUGAUUGGAUUAUUACAAAAUUGCAUACACGCACGCAUGCACAGCUUAUCCGUUGUCCUUUAGAAUUGUCUUUGUUUAUUUCCGAUCCAUUGUUUCACUAGGAGAUAUAGGAAUGUAGAUGUCAAAUGUGUUAUACAUUCAGUUUGGCCCUUUGUAGUAUUUUGUUUUCUUGUUUUAAAAUUCCAACAAAAAUAAUAUGAAAUAUAUGGUGAAAUCAAAAGUUUAAAGAGAGGUUUAAUUUUGAGAAUCCAACAUAAACUUUUGUGUGUUUUCAAUGCUUGUUUACUGCCGCUUUUAAAAACGUACUUGUGUCGAACAAGUGUUUUUAAUUAGACAUAUUUUUCCAAAUUUUGGAAACAAGCAGUCUUUUAGCAAAAUACUUGUGCAGUCUAUUACAUUUUGGACAAAUACAAUAUUUUAUGAAGUUGAAGAAAUUUUUUUAGAAAUAUACACUAUCUUUUUUGAUUUUUGUUUAAAUAUGAACACGUUGAUUCCUUCAUAGGAUGGAUAGGGUAAGAUUUAUACUUAAAAGUUUAAAUUGUAUUUG